AUGUUUGGCACUCAGUACAUGGGCUUCGCCCUUCUCAUCGCAGGUCAAGGCCUUACAGCUGCUGUGCCUUCGGUCCCUGCCGAAGACCUUGGAAUGCCCGCCAGAGUGACUUGUCACGUUAGUACCGGCACUUUCAUCUUUACUGUAUCCGAGGCCCGAGAGGAGUACAAUCGCGUCAGGGGUCUGUAUAACCCAGGAACACAGACCUACCCGACCAGGAGCGGGUAUCCGCAUGAGUUCAGUAAUUUCGGUGGUACCAUCAAGUUCGACGACACAGCUUGCAAUUCGAAGAAGCGCCCCGUGAAGAUUUACGAAUUCCCCAUCUACCAGCGUGCAUCGGAGGGCCACGAAGCUUCUCAUUACGACGCCAACAAGAAGAAGGACGAGCAACCUGGGCCAGGCGAAUGUCGUGUUGUCUUCACUGCGGAAAACGGUCAUCUAUGUGGCGUCAUGUGCCACAAGAGCAUGACUCCAGGCGGCGAUCAAGCAUUUAUUAAGUGUACUGCCUAA